CAAAUGAAUGUCGGUGGGCGCGCCUGGACUUUUCGAGCCGUUUGACACCACCCAAGCGUGCUGAACCACGCCACCCCCCUGAGCUUCCAUACUUCGAUACUCCAGUAGAUUCGCAGCGUCAAGGUUGCAUCUUCAUUUGUUCGAACGAUCGAUGGUUCUAGGGCGAUCAAGCCUGUCUCGAGUCUGCCUUUCUAUCCGCGUCCUCUCCACGCGUAUCCCGAGUCCAUUUACUUGCCAUGCCGGAUAUCAGGUCGUUCUUCGGCCCCAGAAAUGGUGCCGCGCCCGCGAAACCAGCACCCAAGAAGGUCGAUGUCUCGCACAAGAAGGCCCGAAGCAAAGGGCGUAAAGUCAUUGAUGAUAGCGAGGAUGAAGCUCCCGUAGAGACGAAGAAGCCGGAAACUAGAUCGACUCCCAAGAAGAAGGCAACGGGGCCGGAGCCUAUCAAUGGUGUUGCUAUUUCGACAAGCGAUUAUUUUGCGUCCAGCAAGUCGAAGGCACCCAGUACUCAGGUCACACCAAAGGCCGCCGCGAAAUCACAAUUCAGACCCGGAGUUGAGGUUCGUGUAAGCCCGCGCACGAAACAGCCCGCCCCCAAGCCAGCGGCUGCACCUGCUCCACCGCCCGGGGCUCGUCAAGAUGGUCCCAAGAAACGAUCGACGACCACAUAUGCAAAGCAUGAUGAUGACGAGGAUGAUGCUUUCAUGGACGACGAUGCAGAUGCGGGAGAUGACAUCUUCACAGCCGAUGUGAAGGCCGUGAACAAGAGGAAGAAUGACGACUACGUCGAUGAAGAUAGUGAUGAGGACUUGCUCCCGAAACCAAAGAGGGUUGCCUCGCGUGGCAGGGGCAGGGCAGCGGUAAAGGUCGAGCCGAAAGCUUCGCCCGCCGGCAAGAAACGCAAGUCUGUCGAGAAGGACGCCAGCGACGAGGACGAGUCGGAGGAAGCGGCGCCGCGGAAGAGAGUAGCCCCUGCCAAACCUCGAGCCUCGAGGGCCAAGAAGGAAGCGGAGCCCGAGAGCACCGACAUACAGGAGAUCCUCGAUAACAUACCGACAGUUGAGGCACCCGAUGCGCCACCCAAGGACCCCAAUGCCAAGUUCGAUUGGAGAAAGGCUGCAGCCGGAGGAGGAAACUCCGGGCCACCUCUAAGUGCCGGUGCUGCCGAUAUCCCAGAUGGAGCGGAGGACUGCCUUGUGGGGAAGACGUUUGUGUUCACUGGCCUCCUCAAAACCAUCAGCAGAGACGAAGGCCAAGCUCUAGUAAAGCGAUAUGGAGGCAAAGUAACGGGGGCACCCAGCAGCAAAACGGACUUCGUGGUCCUCGGAGACGACGCAGGGCCGAGCAAGCUCAGGAAGAUCAAGGAGCAUGGCAUCAAGACCAUUGACGAGGAAGGGUUAUUCUACCUGAUCCGCACCAUGCCCGCACACGGUGGUUCAGGGAAGGGUGCCGAGAAGGCGAAGCAGAAGCUGGAGGAAGCUCAGAAGAAGAUCCGGGAGCAGGCAGAGGAGAUGGAGAGAGAAGAGAAGGCGAAGAGACUGGAGGCUGAGAAGGUGAAGAAGGCCGCCGCUGCUCGAGGCGUCGCCCCUACCCCUGCAUCCCAGCCGUUGGCACAGCUCUGGACGACCAAAUACGCCCCGUCCCAGUUGAGCCACAUCUGCGGAAACAAGGCCGCCGUCGAGAAGAUUCAAACCUGGCUGAAGAACUGGCAGAAGUCGAAACAGUACGACUUCCAGAAACGCGGGGCUGAUGGCUCGGGUGGCGCCCGUGCCAUCAUGAUAUCCGGUCCGCCGGGCAUUGGCAAGACUACUGCCGCACAUCUGGCAGCCAAACUGGAAGGCUACGACGCCCUGGAGACCAACGCCAGCGACAGCCGAAGCAAGAAGCUGGUCGAGAACGGCAUCGGCGACGUUUUGAACAACACAUCGCUGCUAGGCUUCUUCGCCGGCGACGGCAAGAAGAUCGACGCGACCAAAAAGAAGUUGGUCCUGAUCAUGGAUGAGGUGGAUGGCAUGUCGGCUGGAGAUCGCGGUGGUGUCGGAGCGCUUGCCAAAUUCUGCAAGAAGACGGAGGUGCCGCUGAUCUUGAUAUGCAACGAUCGCAGGCUGCCCAAGAUGAAGCCUUUCGAUUUCGUCACGUUCGACGUCAAGUUUCAGCGCCCAACAGUCGACCAGAUCCGCUCGCGAAUCAUGACAAUCUGCCACAGAGAGGGCCUGAAGCUGCCUCCCCCGGUUGUCGAUGCCCUCAUCGAGGGCAGCAACAGGGAUAUCAGGCAGAUCAUUAACAUGAUCUCGACGGCCAAGCUGGACCAGACGUCGAUGGACUUUGACAAGAGCAAGGCCAUGUCAAAGGCUUGGGAGAAACACAUCGUCCUCAAGCCAUGGGACAUCUCUCAGAAGAUGCUAGGUGGCGGCCUCUUCAGCCCAGCAAGCAAAGCCACCCUCAACGACAAGAUUGAGCUAUAUUUCAACGACCACGAGUUCAGCUACUUGAUGAUCCAGGAGAACUAUCUGCGUACGAAGCCGGCCCAGCUGACCGGCAAGGGUUACAACGCCAGGGAGGCGAAUCUCAAGUACCUCGAGCUGGUCGACCAGGCGGCGGAGAGCAUCAGCGACGGCGACCUGGUCGACCGGAUGAUCCACGGGCCGCAGCAGCAUUGGAGCCUCAUGCCUACCCAUGCCGUCUUCAGUACCGUGAGACCGUCGAGCUUCGUUGCAGGCCAGCUGCUCGGGUCCAACUUCACGUCGUGGCUUGGCAACAAUAGCAAGACGUCUAAACUCGGGCGCUUCGUUCGCGAGAUCCAGUCCCACAUGCGGCUCAGGUCGUCGGGGGACCAUAACGAGAUCCGCCAGCAGUAUCUGCCUACCCUGUGGUACCGGCUCGUCAAGCGCCUCGAGGUCGAGGGCAGGGACGCGGCGGAGGAGGUAAUCGAGCUCAUGGAUAGCUAUUAUCUCACUCGCGAUGACUUUGAUGCCAUCAAGGAACUGGGCGUUGGUCCGCAUGCGGAGGAGAAGAUCAACAUCGAGACUCAGACCAAAGCCGCCUUUACAAGACUCUACAACUCCAUGUCGCACCCGGUGCCGUUCAUGAGGGCCAGCAACGUCACCACCACGGCGAAGAAGGCCACCAAGGAAGCACCCGACCUCGAGGAAGCCAUCGAAGAAGAGGAUGAUGCCGAGGCCGUCGACGCGGUCGAGGUCGAUGAGGACGAGGACCUCGAUCUCAAGCGCGACAAGUACAUCAAGCAGCCAAAGGCCAAGGGGGGAAAGAAGACGGCUAAGAAGGCCACGAAGGCUGAUGAUGAUGACGGUGGUGAUGGUGGAAAGGGGGCGAAGGGUAAAACAAAGACAAAAGGCGCUGGAGCCAGGGGCAAAGCCAAGAAAUGAGUUCUAGAUGGAGGAGGUAUGCAUGAUUUUCUCAGUUGGUGUGGCAUUAUUACUCUGAGCUGCUUGUCGUCGGUCAGUGUUCCCAAGGAGCCACGGGUCCUGAAUGGUAGACAUAUACAUGUAAGGCCAUUACUAUAGCUAGGUAGAUUACUAUGACGAAGUAAUUUUGGACUG